GGAAAAAAAUGUAACAUGGUUUAUUUCCCUCGCCGUGUUCCUUCAGCCACAUCUGAACGGUUCCAACAAUCGUUUCCCAAUCGGGACUUCCUCCACCACCUCCGGCGCGGAACCGCACAACUCGACCCGCCCCCUCUGGUCCUCCUCCAAGGCUGCGUGAGCCGGCGUUUGAUUGGAUUAGACUCGCUUAGCCUUUACCCUCUAACCUCGCUGAUGUUGGCUCGCUGCUUCCUGCUCUCUCCGCUCCCCCUCGCCGACUGAACGAAAAGGCUGCCGAAGCCGCACGGCGAAGCGAAGCGCCCCGCACGGACACAGCAGCAGCAGCGUCUUCGGCACCGAGGAGAGAGCGGAGCGGGGAGCCGCGGAACGCACCAGCACCAGCACCAGCACAGGCGGACGGGGAGAACAGCGAAGCCCCUCAACCAUGCGGAGGAGAUCCAGGGUGUUGCUGUGUUUUGCGGUGCUGUGGGUGCUGGGAAUAGCCUACUACUUCUACUCGGGGACGGCGCUGAGCCGAAAGGACGAGUGGAACUCGUCUAGCCGGAGCAGAGCUCAGGGGUUGGAUGAGAAGACCCACACCAUCGACGCCCUUCCACCAGGUAAGGUGCGCUGGCAGGAUUUCAACCAGAACCUUUACAUCGGAGCCACUUUGGUCCGACCCGGUCAGGAUCCUUAUGCCAGGAACAAGUUCAACCAGGUGGAGAGCGACAAGCUGCAAAUGGACCGAGCCGUGCCCGAUACCAGACAUGAUCACUGCAGAAGUAAACAGUGGAGGUCAGACCUGCCAGCCUCCAGCGUUGUCAUCACCUUUCACAACGAAGCUCGCUCCGCUUUGCUGCGGACCGUCAUAAGUGUCUUAAAGAAAAGUCCUUCCCACUUGGUCAAAGAAAUAAUUUUGGUGGAUGACUACAGCGACAACCCGGAGGACGGCGCGCUGCUGGGGAAGAUUGAGAAGGUUCGCAUCCUUAGGAACGACCGCAGAGAAGGACUGAUGCGUUCGAGGGUCCGUGGUGCAGACGCCGCCACCGCACCGGUCCUCACCUUCUUGGACUCUCACUGUGAAUGCAAUGAUCAUUGGCUGGAACCGUUACUGGAGAGAGUAGCUGAGGAUAAGACGAGAGUAGUUUCUCCUAUCAUUGACGUCAUCAACAUGGACAACUUUCAGUAUGUGGGAGCCUCGGCCGAUCUGAAAGGAGGCUUCGACUGGAAUCUGGUGUUUAAAUGGGACUAUAUGACUCUGGAGCAGAGGCGAGCCAGGCAGGGCAACCCCAUCGCCCCCAUCAAGACGCCGAUGAUCGCUGGAGGCCUGUUCGUCAUGGACAAGGAGUAUUUUGAGCGUCUCGGAAAGUACGACAUGAUGAUGGAUGUCUGGGGAGGAGAAAACCUGGAGAUCUCGUUUCGUGUGUGGCAGUGUGGCGGCAGCUUGGAGAUCAUCCCCUGCAGCAGGGUCGGCCAUGUCUUCAGAAAGCAACACCCCUACACCUUUCCUGGAGGCAGUGGGACUGUGUUUGCGAGAAACACCAGACGAGCGGCAGAGGUUUGGAUGGACGAAUAUAAGAACUUCUACUACGCUGCUGUCCCCUCGGCGAGAAACGUGCCCUACGGGAAUAUCCAGAGUCGCUUGGAGAUGAAGAAGAGAUUAGGCUGUAAGCCUUUCAAAUGGUACCUGGAGAACGUCUACCCUGAACUGAGGGUCCCAGAUCAUCAGGACAUCGCCUUCGGAGCCCUGCAGCAGGGAGGAAACUGCCUGGACACUCUGGGCCAUUUUGCCGACGGGGUGGUGGGCGUCUAUGAAUGCCACAACGCAGGAGGAAAUCAGGAAUGGGCCCUAACCAAAGACAAGUCAGUUAAACACAUGGACCUUUGUCUGACUGUGGUGGAUCGGACGGCCGGCUCCCUUAUAAAACUACAAGGAUGUCGAGAGAACGACAGCAGACAGAAAUGGGAACAGAUCGAGUCCAACUCGAAGCUUCGUCACGUGGGCAGCAACCUCUGCCUGGACAGCCGUAGCGCCAGAAUGGGCGGGCUGACCGUGGAGGUCUGCGGGCCGAGCCUCAGCCAACAGUGGAAGUUCACCCUAAAUCUACAAUCAUAGGGGGUGCUGCAGACCCCUGGAUAUCUGACUGAGACACACAAAAACAGAGAGAUGGGUAAAAGACAGGAGGAGAAGGAUGGACCGGAACAGUCAUCGUCCUCCGCAGAGAUGCAACCAGUUCUGUCUCUACACCCCUCUCCCCCCCCCACCCCUAACGCCCUCCCUGAACCGUCGAGCCACGCCCAGUGGGGGAGGGACUUGUAGACCACAGCGGAGCAAACUGGACACUGACUGCAUGCAGUGGAUGGAUGACGAGGAUGAAUACGAUGAAGAGUCUUUUGUUUCCAACGACAUACCUCGGUGUUCGGUCAUUGAUGGUUCCAGAGACGGCCUGACUUCUUUUUGUUCUUUAAUGCUGGUUGAAAGAAAACAUACUGAACUCUUUGGUGAAUUAUUUUAUUUUUCUUAUUCAUAUUUUUAAUUUUUCCGCUGAGCGCUGCUGGAGCUGGUUCUGUUCCCGAUCAAUGUCUUGUAAGAGCAGGUGGAGGCUUCUUAUUGGGUUUUUAUUUUUAUUUUUUUUGUGGGUCUCAAGUGCUGGAAGGGGAGGACAUGGACUCGACUCCUCGAGCCGUUCUCCUCGUUUACUCUCAAUAGUUUACAUUGACAAAGAAAGCGGAUGGAGGAGAAAAGAGGAGGGAAGGCCUCUGUAUUUUCCUUUCAUUCCGUCUCCUUUCCAAUCCGUUGUCCUUUGGGAGCAUCUUUACUUCUUCAUGGAGGGUGGGGGGGGUGUCAAACGAAGCGUCGCGAAGCCCGUGUCAAAGGUCUUCAAGACGGAUCACCGGCUGCUGCAGCAUCCUGACUUCUUUGCUUCAUUUCUUUAAAACUGCACAGGAAAAAAAAAAAAAGAAUCUCAUAAGUCUUGUUUUGUUUACUCUUGUCAAAGAAUGGAACCAAAUUUGAAAUAAGAAGAAGAGUAUGUUUUAAGUUUCAGGAAGACCAGAGGAGCAAUUAAAAACUGUUUUUUCCUUACACUA